CAUUAGGUUGGGACAGUUGGAAAUCAUUGUACAAAAUGUUGCGAUUAAGUCUCUCACCCACCUUUUCGAUGGGAUUUCAUCUGUUAGCCAUUGUGGCUGUCUUAUUUUCCCACGUGGACCAUAUAAAUGCUGAGAGUGAAAUGGAAGGAGAAGGAAAUGAUACUGGUGAAUGUACCGGCUCAUAUUACUGUAAGAAAGGGGUGAUUUUACCCAUUUGGGAGCCCCAAGACCCUUCCUUUGGGGACAAAAUUGCUAGAGCUACUGUGUAUUUUGUGGCCAUGGUCUACAUGUUUCUCGGAGUAUCUAUCAUUGCUGACCGGUUCAUGUCCUCUAUAGAAGUCAUUACAUCUCAAGAAAAAGAAAUAACCAUAAAGAAACCCAAUGGAGAGACCACCAAGACGACUGUAAGGAUCUGGAAUGAGACAGUUUCUAAUCUAACCUUGAUGGCCCUGGGAUCUUCUGCUCCUGAGAUUCUGCUUUCAGUCAUUGAAGUGUGUGGCCAUAAUUUCACUGCAGGAGACCUGGGUCCUAGCACCAUCGUGGGAAGCGCUGCAUUCAACAUGUUUAUCAUUAUUGCCCUUUGCGUUUACGUGGUCCCGGAUGGAGAGACGAGGAAGAUUAAGCAUUUGCGUGUGUUCUUUGUGACCGCAGCCUGGAGCAUCUUUGCCUAUACCUGGCUUUACAUUAUUUUGUCUGUCAUCUCUCCUGGAGUUGUGGAAGUCUGGGAAGGCUUGCUUACUUUCUUCUUUUUUCCCAUUUGUGUUGUGUUUGCUUGGGUAGCAGACAGGAGGCUUCUGUUUUACAAGUAUGUCUACAAGAGGUAUCGGGCUGGCAAGCAGAGGGGAAUGAUUAUUGAACAUGAAGGAGACAGGCCAUCUUCCAAGACAGAAAUUGAAAUGGAUGGGAAAGUGGUUAAUUCUCACGUUGACAAUUUCUUAGAUGGCGCUCUGGUUCUGGAGGUUGAUGAGAGGGACCAAGAUGAUGAAGAGGCUAGGCGAGAAAUGGCUAGGAUCCUGAAAGAACUCAAACAGAAGCAUCCAGAGAAAGAAAUAGAGCAACUAAUAGAAUUAGCUAACUACCAGGUCCUAAGUCAGCAGCAAAAGAGCCGAGCAUUUUACCGCAUUCAGGCUACUCGCUUGAUGACGGGAGCUGGCAACAUUUUAAAGAGGCACGCAGCUGACCAAGCGAGGAAGGCUGUCAGCAUGCACGAGGUCAACACUGAAGUUGCAGAAAAUGAUCCAGUUAGUAAGAUCUUCUUUGAGCAAGGGACAUAUCAGUGUCUGGAGAACUGUGGUACUGUGGCCCUGACCAUAAUCCGCAGAGGUGGUGAUUUGACCAACACUGUGUUUGUUGACUUCAGAACAGAGGAUGGCACAGCCAAUGCUGGCUCUGAUUAUGAAUUUACUGAGGGAACUGUGGUCUUUAAGCCUGGUGAGACCCAGAAGGAAAUCAGAGUUGGCAUCAUUGAUGAUGAUAUCUUUGAGGAGGACGAAAAUUUCCUUGUGCAUCUCAGCAAUGUCAAAGUGUCCUCUGAAGCUUCAGAAGAUGGCAUACUGGAAGCCAAUCAUGUUUCCACACUCGCUUGCCUCGGAUCUCCCUCUACUGCCACCGUGACGAUUUUUGAUGAUGACCAUGCAGGCAUCUUUACUUUUGAGGAACCUGUGACUCAUGUGAGCGAGAGCAUUGGCAUCAUGGAGGUGAAAGUAUUGAGAACAUCUGGAGCACGAGGAAAUGUUAUCGUUCCCUAUAAAACCAUUGAAGGGACUGCCAGAGGUGGAGGAGAAGACUUUGAGGACACUUGUGGAGAGCUCGAAUUCCAGAAUGAUGAAAUUGUCAAAACAAUAUCAGUCAAGGUAAUUGAUGAUGAGGAGUAUGAGAAAAACAAGACCUUCUUCCUUGAGAUUGGAGAACCCCGCCUGGUGGAGAUGAGUGAGAAGAAAGCCCUGUUAUUGAAUGAGCUUGGUGGCUUCACAAUAACAGGGAAAUACCUGUAUGGCCAGCCUGUCUUCAGGAAAGUUCAUGCUAGAGAACAUCCGAUUCCCUCUACCGUAAUCAACAUUGCAGAGGAAUGUGAUGACAAGCAGCCGUUGACCAGCAAAGAGGAAGAAGAGAGGCGUAUUGCAGAAAUGGGGCGCCCCAUCCUGGGAGAGCACACCAGGCUGGAAGUGAUCAUUGAAGAAUCCUAUGAGUUCAAGAGUACCGUGGACAAACUCAUUAAGAAGACAAACCUAGCCCUUGUGGUUGGGACAAACAGCUGGAGAGAGCAAUUUAUUGAAGCGAUCACUGUCAGCGCUGGGGAAGAUGAUGAUGAUGACGAAUGCGGGGAGGAGAAGCUGCCCUCCUGUUUCGAUUAUGUGAUGCACUUUCUGACUGUGUUCUGGAAGGUCCUCUUUGCCUUCGUCCCCCCGACAGAAUACUGGAAUGGCUGGGCAUGUUUCAUUGUAUCUAUCCUCAUGAUCGGCCUACUGACAGCUUUCAUUGGAGACCUGGCUUCCCACUUCGGCUGCACCAUUGGUCUGAAAGAUUCUGUGACUGCGGUGGUGUUCGUUGCGCUUGGAACUUCAGUGCCAGACACAUUCGCAAGCAAAGUCGCCGCCACCCAGGACCAGUAUGCAGAUGCAUCCAUAGGUAACGUCACCGGCAGUAAUGCGGUGAAUGUCUUCCUGGGAAUCGGCGUGGCCUGGUCCAUUGCUGCCAUCUACCACGCGGCCAAUGGGGAACAGUUCAAAGUGUCCCCUGGCACACUAGCUUUCUCUGUCACUCUCUUCACCAUUUUUGCUUUCAUCAACGUGGGGGUGCUGCUGUAUCGGCGGAGGCCAGAAAUCGGAGGUGAGCUGGGUGGGCCCCGGACUGCCAAGCUCCUCACAUCCUGCCUCUUUGUGCUCCUGUGGCUCUUGUACAUUUUCUUCUCCUCCCUGGAGGCCUACUGCCACAUAAAAGGCUUCUAAAGGAACAAUCAGAUAUAGUAAAUUUAUAUAUAUAUAUACAUAUAUAUACAUAAAGACUUAUGUAUAACGAACAGAGGAAACUGACAUUUGUCAUGUUCACUUACCUGCUGAUGGAAUCCAGCUUCAAGAGCAUACUCUGUACUAGGGCUGAAGUAAGAAACCAUCACCUCCCGUUCGCAGGGGCAUCGUCACGUUGAACAAGGCACGGAGGCAGAGUCAUCUUUGCAGCUCUGCCUAGAAGGGUUGUACUCUC